GUAGGUGCCACUGUGAACUACUUCAGAAAUCAACCAAUCAGGACCAAAGGGAGGAAAGUGGUCGACCUAACCGGUCAGUGAGCAAUCUGUUGUGGAAGUGGGAAGGUCUUGUUUGACAUCAAAAUGUUACGGUACUGUGUAUCACUUUUCAAAUGAAUGAGGCGACGAACUUCGGGAACACACGGUGAUCUAAAAAGGAAACGCGCGGACGUAGCUAGUUUUACUGAUGAUUUUUCCGGUGUUAGAUUGACAAUAUGCUGUAGGAAGUGUCCGUGUGUGCAGUGAAAUAGGAGGUGAAAAGAAAAAGCACGCAAAAUGGCGGAUCUGGAGGCAGUGCUCGCGGACGUGAGCUAUUUGAUGGCUAUGGAAAAGAGCAAAUGCACGCCAGCAGCCCGAGCCAGUAAGAAAAUAAUCCUUCCCGACCCAAGCGUGCGGAGCGUGAUGCACAAGUACUUGGAGAAGAAGAACGAAGUCAACUUCGACAAAAUCUUCAACCAGAUGCUAGGCUACCUGUUAUUCAAGGAGUUCUGCGAGACGGUGGCGGACGAGCCCAUCCCGCAGCUCAAGUUCUACGAAGAAAUAAAGCAGUUCGAAAAACUGGAAUGCGUGGAGGAGAGAAGAAAGCUCGCCCGUGAAAUUUACGACAAUUUCAUUAUGAAGGAGUUGCUCGCCCACUCGCAUGAUUACUCCAAAGAAGCUGUUGCUCAUGUACAGAAGUAUUUAAUGAAAAACGAGGUUCCUGUUAAUUUAUUUGAGCCAUACAUAGAAGAAAUCUUUAACCAUCUACGAGGUGAACCCUUCAAGAAGUUUUUAGAAAGUGAUAAAUACACCCGUUUUUGCCAGUGGAAGAACCUAGAGUUAAACAUUCAGUUAACAAUGAAUGACUUCAGUGUCCAUCGGAUAAUUGGAAGAGGUGGAUUUGGUGAAGUUUAUGGGUGUCGAAAAGCAGAUACAGGAAAAAUGUAUGCAAUGAAAUGCCUGGAUAAGAAACGAAUAAAAAUGAAGCAGGGAGAAACUUUAGCUCUUAAUGAACGAAUAAUGUUGUCUCUAGUCAGUACAGGAGUAGACUGCCCUUUUAUUGUAUGUAUGACAUACGCAUUUCACACGCCUGAUAAACUGUGUUUCAUCUUAGACCUCAUGAAUGGAGGAGAUUUGCAUUAUCACUUAUCCCAGCAUGGAGUUUUUAAUGAGCAUGAAAUGAAAUUCUAUGCUGCUGAAGUUAUUUUAGGUUUAGAACAUAUGCAUAGGCGUUUUAUAGUAUAUCGUGACCUAAAGCCAGCGAACAUCCUUUUGGAUGAACAUGGGCAUGUACGAAUAUCGGAUCUUGGUCUAGCAUGUGACUUCUCGAAGAAGAAACCUCAUGCAAGUGUUGGGACUCAUGGUUACAUGGCUCCAGAAGUUCUAUCAAAAGGAACUGCCUAUGAUUCCAGUGCAGACUGGUUUUCUUUUGGCUGCAUGCUGUACAAACUACUCAAAGGACACAGUCCAUUCAGGCAACACAAAACAAAAGACAAACAUGAAAUUGACAGAAUGACGUUAACCAUGAAUGUAGAGCUUCCAGAAUCCUUUUCGAAGGAGCUACGGUCUCUCCUGGAAGGACUGCUGCAACGUGACAUAGACAAGAGACUGGGCUGCAAAGGAAAUGGAGCUGAUGAAGUGAAAGAGCAUCCCUUCUUUGCUGGCCUGGACUGGCAGCAGGUGUACCUGCAGAAGUAUACACCACCACUCAUCCCUCCAAGGGGUGAGGUGAAUGCAGCUGAUGCUUUUGAUAUUGGCUCCUUUGAUGAAGAGGAUACAAAAGGAAUAAAGCUCACGGAGGCAGACCAGGAUCUCUACAAAAACUUUCCUUUAGUAAUCUCAGAACGAUGGCAAGCUGAAGUUGCAGAAACAGUUUUUGAGACAAUCAAUGCCGAAGCAGAUAAGAUGGAACAGAAAAAGAAAGCAAAACAAAAACUUAAGUUUGACACCGAUGAAAAAGAAUCUGACUGCAUUCUGCAUGGAUACAUAAAGAAACUGGGAGGACCUUUUGCAUCAGCAUGGCAAACUCGUUAUGCCAAACUCUAUCCAAAUAGGUUGGAGCUUCAUCCAGAAUCUGGAAGUACAAAGCCUGAGCUUGUUUUUAUGGAUCAAAUAGAAGAUGUUAGUGCUGACUUAGUUCAUGUGAAAAAUGAACAGUGUAUUGUGGUACGGACUAGAGAUGGAAAAAUUGUCCUCACUAAUCCGGAUGAAAUUGGAUUAAAGGAGUGGGCCUUGUCACUGAGGUCAGCGCAUAAAUGUUCUCUGGAGUUGCUUGGCAGCAUGGCAAAGAAAGCAGGGAAAAUAUAUGGAACAGAAAGGGAUGCAAACAACAAAAAUCCCUUCAUAGCAACAAGAAACACCAAUGGAAAUUGAGGAGAAAUCGUCGGAUAGUGUUUUUUAUUCAGUCGUCUCAUCUUGCCAGAAUGUGCAUUGUUUGGCUAUAAUUAGGUCAUGGUAACUCAGUGACAUACACCAAGAUUGCAGGCAAGGAGUAACUUGAUGGUAUUUGUACAAAAACCUCUUAAUUUUUUGCUAUAUUUAAAUGCCAAACCUUCCCUUAUCCUAUUACGGAUAUGUGAUAGACGAGUAGGCCUCUUGUAAAUAAAUGUGUAUGAAAGUUUUUUUAUUUAAGUGAAAGAUAAUCAGAGGAAUAGUACUGUCAGAGUGUUAGAUGACAACAUACGAUAGCCAGCAAAAUUAAUAUAAUUUUAUGCAACCAGUCAUCAUAACGUAAAAUGCAGGACAUUAUUCCUUCACAUCUGUGUGUGGUCAUCCAUUUUUAGAUGAAGUUCUGUGAAUUUCAGUGAUAUGAGUGUUUAGAAGACAUUGAAAUACCAAGAAGCAGAGACUUAUCAUCCCCUGUAGUGGAUCGAGAGACCACUGUGAAGUGUGUGGGAGAGCAUGUUUCCUUGUGUGUACAAGUGUAGAUACUUUUUUAUUUUAAUUUUGCCUUUUCCUUCCCUGAGAACAUGUAUUGAUUGUUGGAAAUUAAUUUGCCAGUAUUUAUGUUAAUGCUGGUAUUUUAUGUAUGAGACAUUUAGAUACUGUACAUAUAAUAAGAAACAAACAGUAUUUUCACACAACAGUGCAAAAUGUCUUCUCAUAAGUACUUUAAAAUAUUUUUUGUUACACAUCAUUAUUUAUUUUGAAACUACAUAUUAUGUGACAGACUAUUAGCAAACUUUUAAGACAUUCAGUGUGGAAUAUUAUCCAUAUUUCAGUUACGAUGUUAUUACUUCUAGACUUGUGAUUUUUUUUUCCCAAAUAACUACAUAAAAUGCUGCUCACUGAACUCCUCUCUUAACACAGUCCAAGUUAAGUUGUACAUGGUUGUUCCUGAGUUACAGUUUGUAAUUUCUUAUUUUACAUGCUGAAGAUGUAAAACAUUGCUCAGAGUAAACUGUGACCGCUAUUUCACGAUAUAAAAUAAUUGCAUUUUAUUUUGGUUAACUUUUAUAUUAACUUAGUUCUUGAAGUUUUGUAAUGAUUCCUGCUGUUAAAUUUCAUGGCAAGUGACUACUGAGAAUGGAUAUACCACAGUAAGAUUCUUAACGAUAAUCAAUUUAUGUUCACAAUACAUGUUUCACUGUUCAGUAAUUCUUGCAUUUAAGAACUCAGGGUUUGACUGGAUUACACACUUGAAGAUACUGUAUGCAACAGAAUUAUACAUGUAAUAACAUUAGUAAUUGUCCAGUGUGAGCUAUAAAUCCUGAAAUACAUUUUCAUUUUUAUCAAUUUUCACUGAAACAGUAGCAGUUAUUAAAGCCACUCAGAAAUGAAGUGCUUCUGGAAGAUUUGGUAGUUCAAUCAUAUCUUCACUUAAUUUAGAGACUAAUUAAUGCUCCAGUCAAAACAGCAAACACGUGUAGUGUGAUCUGUUAACUUAUUUAUAAAAAGAGUCAUUUCCUGUUAAUAAGAAAUGGUGACCUGUUCUCUGGCUGAAAUUGUACUCAGUGCACAAAAUGGAUAAGAAAAGACAAUUCAGAACAUUAAAAAUGUUACCACAAGAACUUACUUGGUUUCAAUUUUAUUAAAAAUAAGUUCUUCUUCAAGUCUUUCAUCUUGAGAGUCACAGAUAAAUCCCAUUCUUCAGUUGUUCCCUCAAAGAUGUUAAUAUAACAUGUAUCCAACAAAACAUUGUUACUGCAAGUCCAGCACAGUGGAAGUUCCAAAUGUUGUACAUUACUACCACAAACCUGUUCUAAAAUAACUGAAAUGAGUUGUGUGCAAACUCCAAUCUCCUAGAAUUGCUUUCGGAUGUCAUUGGAUAGAAUUGUUUGACAUUUGCAAUGCACAGUAAUUAAUGUGCUGUGGCCUAAUAUGUAUGAAUUGUGAUUUUUUUAUACUUAAUUGUAAAAAAAGCUGCAAAUGGCCUCAAAUAUGACGAACAGUGUAAGAUACCAUAAAAAAGAUACAACAAAGACAAGACCUGUUCAGUGACAAAUUACACACCGAAAUAAGAAUGACAGAAUUGUUUUUGUGAUUCACUGCAAAGUAUCCCAUCUCUUGAACAUAGAUAUGUUUUGAAAUGCUAAUGAAUGUAACAUACAGUGGUUUAUUGAAUUCCUUCUACUAGAGUACAUGAAAUACAUAGGUCCUGAGCUGUUUGAUUUUUCACCACUUUUCCACAUUUGCCUCUGUAUAGAUCUUUGAAACUAAAGGUGGUCAUCUGAGCCGUUAACUAUGGAUUUUGGUGAGUCUUGGGUAUAUUGUUGAGGUGUCUUCCUAAGUACCUGGCUAGCAGCUUUUUGUAUGUGAUAAAAUCAGCGUUGAACUUUUGUGCAUAGGGAGAUGAGCUAUAAUGAGGAGUUGGGUCUUACUAAAAGUUGUUCAGGAGGGAGACAAAGAUAAAUAUAAGCAGUGAGAAAGAACACUCUUGCUGUCCCAUGGAAUUUUCCCUGAGCACAGUACUUCCCCAUAUUUUCCUUACAUUCCCAGCAUGGCCUUUUUCUCAUACCAAAGGAACCAUUGAUCUGAAAAAUUGAGAUUACUAGUAGUUAUAUUUUUCUUUUUGUUUUGGUAUAGUUCCAGUUGUUAAAGUUUUAGUGACUAAUAAGUAUGCUCUUUUUUAGUGUGUCACAUAAUGUUAUCUUGUUCUUGACGUUUUAAGCAGACCAACUGUAAUUUGUUUUACUCCUACAGCCGAACUGCAUGUUAAGCUGACUUCCCUCACCAGUUGAAACUGAUGAGACUGUGUCAAGACAAAAGAGAAUUUUUUCUUGUUAUAGUAGCGCUCGGCUAGUGGCAUGCAAGAUAAUUAAUUGUUCAUUGUUGCACCAUUAUUCACUUUCAUUUCAUUUUAAAUUUAUUUAACAUUUAACAUUUCUGUUAUCAGUUCUCGUUUUGCAGUUUACUACUAUAGCAACACUACUUUGUAAGUGCAGUAGUUACUUGUAUUUCAAAAUUACUUCCGUCUCACUUUACGCAGUGAUUCUCAUUAUGAAAAUUUUCAUAUUGUGCGUCUAUCACUAUUUCCUGAAUCCUUGGAACCAAAAAAAUGAAGAUUUUCCCCAAUAUUUCACCUAUCCUGCACUGAGUAUUUUUUUUAAGUUUUCUGUGAUCAACUUUCACUUUUUUUUUAAUGCGAAGAUAAACUUCUGUAAAACUUUAUUGAAAAUUAAUAUGAAUAAGCUUCUGUGCAUUUCCACCAUAUUUUUACAAAGCAGUUUCAACUGAUGGAGUGUGUUUUCCAAAAGAGAGAAUAUUUCCCUUUGCAUGCAAAUACUUUGGCAAAAAUAUUGACAUUACAAGGGAUAAUACUAAAAAAUGUUUUUGAACUUUUUAAUUGUGAAGAGAAAUGAGUUGCAACUCACGUUUUAGUUGUCACUGCAGGCAAUUAAGCUGACACACUAGUUAGGUAUGUGCUUAUCCUUUCUUCCCAACUUGCUAACUCUAUAGAGCUGAAAAAGUACGUGAUUGUGAUAGUACAUAGAAUAAACAGAAAUGUAGAUGUGUGGUAAUCAGUCCCCCUCAUGGUAAUGUUGAAACAUAGUUUGCAAAAUUCAGCAAAAACAUGAUGAAAAUUAUUCAAAUUCACACCUACUGUUAAGGUGGUCAUCAUUUAAAAAUUGUAACUGUAAAAUCUUAUGCUGUUUCCACUGGAAUUGUAAUAGAGCUACGUACAAGAUGAAGACAUCUUUUCAGAACUGAUAUUCUGAUCAUAAUUUUUAAAUCAGUAGCACCGUGUAUUGCCUGUAAGUGAAAGCCAAUUCCAUUUCCUAUCCCUGUGUUUUGUUUCACCUGGAUUUGAAUCGUUGGGACAGAAAAGUGCAUGGUAACAUUGGCAGAUUUCUAUAUCUUUGUAGGGAGUAUGCAAACAAGUUUAAUUACUGAGAGUCAAAACAUUUUAGCUUAUUGACAAUAAUAUUUUUGUGAACAGAUCUUACACAUUCAGUCAUAUAUUAUCUAAACAGAUUAUUACUCCAAGUACUAUCCUGAGAGGAGCUAAGAAAAUAUUUGUCACUUAACAUGAUUAGUAUUAAUGCUAACAAAACAAACUUCUGCCGUAAACAUCUCAAAACCAUUCCUCAUAUCUUGUUUGAGUCUCAUUAGUGACCAAUGUAUAUUCCAAACAACUUAUUUAAUAAGGUGCAGUAAGAUUAUUGUGACCAUUAUUUAUUUUGUACAUUUACUGAAUACAAAACUCGUGCUACAUCAGUAUAUCUGUUGGUCAGUAUGGUGAAGUGCACAUUAAGUACUUCUGAUAAACAGGAAAAAUUUGUCAUUGUUCAAUAACUCUAAGAUGUUGAAUGUACAUAACUUGUACCCUAAUAGAAUGAAGUAGUGUUGUCCACUUGAUUGUUAGAACUCACAUUAUUAAUGAAUUACAGCCACCUUUCCAGAUUUGUGGAUUUUGCAGUGAAAUUAUUUCCACUUUAAUAUAUUGGUGUUUCUCAUGUUUCCAUAACUGGAAAGAACUUGUUAGGAUGGGUUGCAAACCUUUGCAACCAAUGAUAUGGAGAAUGUGAGUUCUGUAUUAGUUGAAGGG